AUGAGCAUUCAAUUGGCUGAUAAAUCUGUUGUAUACCCUAGGGGUAUCAUUGAGGACUUGUUAGUAAAGGUUCAAGAGUUUACUUUUCUUAUGGAUUUUGUAGUUAUGGAUAUAGAUGAAACUGUUGACUUUUCCCUCAUUUUAGGAAGACCCUUUCUUAUUACAGCUAGGUCCAUCAUUGAUGUUCAUGAUGGUAAGCUUAUUCUCAAGGUAGGGGAAGAGCAAGUGAAUUUUCAGAUCCCUAACACCAUGAAACAUCAGCUUGUACUUGAUGACAUGGAUGUUAGUAAUAAUAGAAUUAAGCAUGAGACUGUGAAUUGUAUUUCAUCUAUUAUUGCUAAAGAUCCUUUAGAGUUAUGUUUGGUAUAG